CGUUCUCAAUUGCACUUCCUUGAGUCCUUCCGAGUCCAACUCCCUUUGCCAUGUGACACUGAAUCGCGUCACGCGUGUCUGUAUAUGACCCGUUGUUACUGUAACUCAUGAUCACAGUAGCUUGUUUACACAAAUCAGCAAGUUGUGAUUACGACGCGACUGCCGCUCUUCGAGUCCUCAGUGUUACGCACUGUAAUCCUUAUGGCGCAACUUUUUGCCAAAGCUGUAAUCUACCUCCCUUCAUCAUUUUCUCCCCUUCGAAUACAACAACUCACGCAUCUGAUUGAAAGUCAUGGAGGAACUGCUACACGUUCCCCUGACGGUGCAACCCAUGUCGUGACAAAUUCUCAUCGCUUCGAGGGUUGGCAGGGUUUUCAAGGAGACGAUGUAAAACCAGUAUGCACAGAGAAAUGGGUCGAGCGUUCAGUAAUUCUCGGAAAGCUUCAACCGACCUCAAACUACUCGGCAGAUCCUCGUCAACUAUUUUCUGGAGUGGUUGGAUGUGCGGCAGAUCUUUCUCCGUCAGACAUCGAGGUACUUUCUGCCGGCAUAUCCUCAUUCGGUGGGCAGUGGCGCAGCGGCCUCAUCAAAGAUGUCACUCACCUCUUCACUUUGGGUUCGGACUCAGAGAAAUACCAAAAUGCACUAGACUAUAAGAAAGAUGCGCCUAUCGCCAUCCUCUUGCCCCAUUGGUUUGACGACGUUCUCAGGCUUGGAAUGGGAAAUUUAGAUAUUACUCCUUACGAGUGGCCUGAUCCUCUUGUAUUACAACCUCCGGCUCCUUCUGAUAAUGAUAGGAAGAAGAGGUCACAUAAAUUCGAGCCAAACAAGGAAGUGCUAUUCUCCACGGCCUCCUGGAAUGCAGAGUCUGCAACAACCAAGAUGGUUUCCCCAAAACAAGUGUUUGGGCAGCGUCGCGUCCUACUUGCCGCUUCACUUGAACUCGGCGAAAGAAGGAAGGCGAUUGAAAGCUUCAUUAAAAGGGCGGAUGGCAUAAUUGUUACAAUCGGGACUAACGAUGACGAGGGAGAUGCAAACAAAGAAGCGGAGAAAAUAUUUGACUGCGACAUAUACGUGACGAGGUUUCGAAGUGGUACUGCCUACUACAGAGCGGCUAGGGCUGGAAAGACCAUUGCCUCUUUGUCCUGGAUCUUUCAUGUCCUCUCUAUUGGCAUCCUCACUCCACCCCUCGACCAGCUUCUCCACUAUCCUAUUCCGAAGAAACCUAUUGAAGGCUUCUAUACUCAUGAAAUCACAAUCACCAACUUCACUGGUGAAGCGAGAGAAUAUAUCAAAAAGCUCGUCUGCAUUAUGGGUGCUAAAUUCACUCCCAGUAUGUCAAGUAAGAAUACCGUCCUGAUCGCAGCACAAGCGGAUGGAACCAAGACCGAACGAGCUCGUGCAUGGGGCAUUCCAAUCGUCAAUCAUCUUUGGCUAGAGGACUGUUUUAUUAACUGGAAGAACAUGACUGUUGGUAAUGAUCGCUAUAUACAUUUUCCCCAAGGCUCAGACUUUGCAUCACGCCUUGGAGAACGCGGAUUGGAGCCUAGUAUCGAAGACCCCGCUGAACUCGACCGGCUCGAGGAAGAAGAUGCUGAUCAGGAGGCCCAGGAACAAGGAGAGCCUGUCAGUGUUGCUGUCAGUGCUUCACGGACUCAGGAUAGCGCUCGGGAUGCGCGGGAGGCUGCUGAUAUCGUUAUGGGGGCGGAUAAUGACCCAUACCUUGGGCAGGAGAAUGAAGGGCACGCUAUGGUUGUCGACGUUGAACCUGAACCUGCCAAACACACGCCACGAACGCCUGUAUCAAGCAAGUCAAAACCGAGACCCAGACCCCAGGCGAUACACAGGAAAGACGAUGACGACAACGAUCUAAACUCUUCCCCUUCGAAGAUGCCCAAACAAAGCCCUCCAAAGUCUUCUUCCCGCCGUUCUCGCAUUGUCGAAACAGAUGAGCCUCAGAUGGACUCAGACUACCAUGUUUCGUCUGAAAAGGAGAACCGACAUGUGAGCAAUCGUGACGAAGAAGAACAGGAAAUGGAGAAACGCCCCGUAGCCUCGAAGAAGAAAGUGAAGGUCCAGGACCCAACAAACUUCAGUAGUAGAUGGCGCACUACUAACACCGCUGGCUCUUCUGACAGUGAGGGUGAUUUUGACGCUGACCUUCCCCCAGUCACCAAGGCCAAUGUCAAAAACAACAUCAAGGCCGCCACGAAACGAGCCCGAUAUGCCUCAGGCGAUGAGUCAGACAAUGGUGGAAAUGAUAUUUCAGAGAAGGAGGACAGUCCGGAAACUGAGGACGAUGAUGUCGUCACACCUUCAAAGAAGAAAAGAGUACAACCCUCUAGACCGAAUGCCGUGAGACCGAAGGCCCGUGGUCGAGAGACAGAAGACUCUGACGUCCCGCGUCGAGUGUCUAUGAAAGCCAAUGCUGUUCCGAAGGCGAAACCAAAGACAGUUCCUUCCCCGAAACAGUUAUCCGUUGUGAUGCCCAGACUUGCAAAAUCCACUGCUUCUGCAGGUCCUCCCUCGCCUUCGAAAACAUUAGCCAAAUCAAGCAGUGUCCAUGUUGCUUCAGCCGAGCGCCGUGCCCGGCCUUCGACGUCCCUCCCAAACACCUUCGAUUCUCCUGCUAGCGGAAGGCCCUCGAGGCGUGCAGCUGAAAGAGCUUCGCAACAGCUCCGGGACACGAUUAUGCCUGAUGUGGUGAGGUUUGAAUCAGAGAUGAAAAAACAUCGGAGACACAGUUCAUCUAGUGUUUCCGCGUUUCCGCGUGAUAGGGAUGAGCCUGAUCAAGAAGAGGAAAAACCGGCCGCAAAUGGUAAGAGCAAAACGAAACCAAAGGAAGACUUUGGUGUUAUUGCUGGAAAGAAGAGGAAGGUGUCAUCUAGGGAUAUGCGUGAGGUUGAAGAGUCGGACAUGCCUGCUGAUGCUGCUUCACCCCCUAAGAAAGUCAGAAAACGCAAGCCUGGAUCCGUCCGGGUAAUGACUACCCAGGUGAACCUGACUGACGCCACCAAGAAGGCGAUGGAAAAACUUGGAGCAAAAUUCGUCACCAAACCAUCCGAGUGUACACAUCUUAUCGCGACGAAGAUCACGCGAACGGAGAAAUUCCUAUGUGCGCUGGCUGUUACACCAUGGAUCCUCACGGACCAAUGGAUACAUAAAUCGGUUGAGGCAAAAACUCUACUGCCUGAAGAACCAUUUUUCCUUAAGGAUAGAGGAAAAUGGGAUAUCGAUUUGAAAAAAUCACUUGAAGAGGCGAAAAAGUCAAAGUACCCUCUACUGGCCAACCGGGUGUUCUACGUAACUCCCGGUGUGAAAGAAGACCGCAGUCUUUUGAACAAUGUUAUCACUGCGUUCGGCGGAAAAAUGGUUGCGUGCAUGCCGAAUGACAGGCAGCUUUUGUCGAACGGAAAGCAGAUAUCUAUGCGGCACCUUUUGACUUGCGAGGAUGACAGGGAAUUGUGGGAGCCGAUAGCAAAGGAUGCUUAUAUUCACAACGUAGAGCUUUUGCUGCAGGGAGUCCUAAAUCAAUUCAUGGACUUCGACAAUCCAAAAUUCCACAUACGAUGAAUAGAUAAAAUAAUUAGAAAGUUUUUUUGUUGUAUUAUUAUCUCGUUUUGUAAAUGUAAUGAUAAGAUCAAUAUGA